AUGCUUUCCGUAGACGAACACAACCCCGAGUCUCAACAUCUGAGUCCUCUACAAGAUGAAUCGGAUAAAGAAUCAGAAUCUUCUGACUCCGAUAAUCGCCGUUCAGGUGCCCGGUUCUAUUCGUCUCAUUUCACCGAAGCGCCUGACAUCCCACUCAUGCCGAGUCCAACCCCACCAGAGGAAUCCUUUUUUGGGGAGGUACGACGCUAUCCCAAAAUCACACUUUACACCAUUGGCCUUGCGAUAGCAUUCUUAUUGGGCGGUUACGAUUCUGUCAUUGUCAACACGGUUCCAUCGAUCUCACAAUUUCAAAAGGACUUUGGCGUGCUGUACGGCCCCGACAAGAACGAGUAUAUUAUACCAUCAAUGUGGCUAUCGCUUUGGAGCGCGCUUGGAGCUGUCGGGCAGAUAUUGGGAGCACUUGUUUCGCCGUCCUGGCAAGAUCGCUCAGGCCGGCGAAUUCCAAUGGUGGUAGGAACCGUGGUUUCUGCUGCUGCUGUCGCUGUAAUCUACACUUCCUACUUACCCACCGACAUUAAUGCUCGGCGAGCCGUUUUUCUCAUCGGCGAGAUCAUUCAAGGUCUCGGUGUCGGUGUCUUGACGACAACUGCUCAAACCUACAUAUCCGAAACAGUGCCUACAAGUUUGCGAGGGUCUGCGAUGGCGCUCUGCCCGACCUUUGUGUUGUUAGGUCAAUUGAUUGGUGCUUUGGUGGUUUUUAUGACUUCGGGUGGAGAUACAAGCAGUGCUUACCUUGUGACAUUCGUUUCUAUGUGGCCAUUUUCUGCCAUCACGCUACUUAUUGUCGUGCUGGUCCCAGAAAGUCCCGCAUUUCUUGUGCGCAACGGCAGACUGGUUGACGCCCAUCGCGCGCUGCAGAAACUUCACUCUGGUACUCAGGACUGUGCACAGCUGGUCAAAGACCUGCAGAAAACCGAUGCGCAAGAGAAGGAAGAAAAUGAGAAGAUCCCUUGGCGUGACUGCUUCCGACGCACCGAUCUACGACGAACUCUUAUUGUGUCAUUCGUAUCGAUGAUGCCUUGCUUCUUCGGGUUUUCGCUACUCUCAAAUGCGAGUUAUUUCCUGCAGAUUGUUGGAAUGGAUGACCACAACAGUUUGAUGAUGUUUGUUUUGGGAAUUAGCUUGGGGUUAGUAGCCAACGCUGUCGGUGUGUGGGUUGCUAAUGUCGUUGGACGACGGACGCUCAUAUUAAGUUCACUAUCGGUAACUUCAUUACUAUGGCUUGGUAUGGGUAUUGCUGGCUGCUGGUCCGGUGUUGUUUCGAUAUGGUAUACUGCGGUAACGAUGAUGUUUAUUGUUGUCAUCUGUGGUGUGGGUGCAUGGCCUGCUUCAUUUGCAGUUGUUGGAGAGACAUCAUCCCUCCGCCUGCGAGCCAAGUCACAGGGUAUCAGCACUAUUGCCUCUGAUAUCGCGAGUAUACUAUUUAGUUUUCUUUUGCCAUACGUCUAUAACAAAGAUGCCGGGAACCUGGGUGCCAAGACAGGCUUCCUGUUCUUUGUCAUUUGCACAAUCACAACGGCUAUCACGUGGUUGACGGUUCCCGAGCUUAAAGGAAGAACAAAUGCUGAAAUUGACCAUAUGUUCAAGCUGGGACUACCGACAAGGAGGUUUAAGAGUUGGUCUGCAGCUAAUGGCACUGAUGACUCAGAA